AUGGAAUCUGGAAGAAGGGGAUGGAAUCUGGGAGAAGGGGAUGGAAUCUGGGAGAAGGGGAUGGAAUCUGGGAGAAGGGGAUGGAAUUUGGGAGAUGGGGAUGGAAUCUGGGAGAAGGGGAUGGAAUCUAGGAGAAGGGGAUGGAAUCAGGGAGAAGGGGAUGGAAUCUGGGAGAAGGGGAUGGAAUUUAGGAGAAGGGGAUGGAAUCUGGGAGAAGGGGAUGCAGUCAGAGAGAAGGGGAUGGAAUCGGGGAGAAGGGGAUGGAAUCUGGGAGAAGGGGAUGGAAUCUGGGAGAAGGGGAUGGAAUCUGGGAGAAGGGGAUGGAAUCUGGGAGAAGGAGAUGGAAUUUGGGAGAAGGGGAUUGAUUCUGGGAGAACGGGUGGAAUCUGGGAGAAGGGGAAGGAAUCCGAGAGAAGGGGAUGGAAUGUGGGAGAAGGGGAUGGAAUCUGGAAGAAGGGGAUGGAAUCUGGGAGAAGGGGAUGGAAUCUGGGGAAAGGGGAUGGAAUCUGGGAGAAGGAGAUGGAAUCUGGGAGAAGGGGAUGGAAUCUGGGAGAAGGGGAUGGAAUCUGGGAGAAGGGGAUGGAAUCUGGGAGAAGGGGAUGGAAUCUGGGAGAAGGGGAUGGAAUCUGGGAGAAGGGGAUGGAAUCUGGGAGAAGGGGAUGGAAUCAGGGAGAAGGGGAUGGAAUCUGGGAGAAGGGGAUGGAAUCUGGGAGAAGGGGAUGGAAUCUGGGAGAAGGGGAUGGAAUCAGGGAGAAGGGGAUGGAAUCUGGGAGAAGGGGAUGGAAUCUGGGAGAAGGGGAUGGAAUCUGGGAGAAGGGGAUGGAAUUUGGGAGAAGGGGAUGGAAUCUGGGAGAAGGGGAUGGAAUCUGGGAGAAGGGGAUGGAAUCUGGGAGAAGGGGAUGGAAUUUGGGAGAAGGGGAUGGAAUCUGGGAGAAGGGGAUGGAAUCUGGGAGAAGGGGAUGGAAUCUGAGAGAAGGGGAUGGAAUCUGGGAGAAGGGGAUGGAAUCUGGGAGAAGGGGAUGGAAUCUGGGAGAAGGGGAUGGAAUCUGGGAGAAGGGGAUGGAAUCUGGGAGAAGGGGAUGGAAUCUGGGAGAAGGAGAUGGAAUCAGGGAGAAGGGGAUGGACUCUGGGAGAAGGGGAUGGAAUCUGGGAGAAGGGGAUGGAAUUAGGGACAAGGGGAUGGAAUUUGGGAGAAGGGUAUGGAAUCAGGGAGAAAGGAUGGAAUGUGGGAGAAGGGGAUGGAAUCUGGGAGAAGGGGAUGGAAUCUGGGAGAAGGGGAUGGAAUAUGGGAGAAGGGGAUGGAAUCUGGGAGAAGAGGAUGGAGUCUGGGAGAAGGGGGUUGGAAUCUGGGAGAAUGGGAAUGGAAUUAGGGAGAAGGGGAUGGAAUCUGGGAGAAAGGGAUGGAAUCAGGGAGAAGGGGAUGGAAUCUGGGAGAAGGGGAUGGAAUUUAGGAGAAGGGGAUGGAAUCUGGGAGAAGGGGAUGCAGUGAGAGAGUAG